UCUCUCAAUGACGCAUUGCCACCUCUCGCUAGCGCCGCCUUGGCAGGAUUGGAAUGGCCGCGCGCUUGGGCGAUCCGGCGCUGCUGGAUUCCAAUUGUUUGGGGUGGAGAGGAGGAAGAAGAACAGAUUUGCAGGGAGGAUCGAGGCGGUCGUGAAGCGCAGUCCAAAGCGGCUCAAGUAUGACACGCCUGGACCUGGCGCUGGCAAGUCCAAAGAGAUUUUCCACCUGGAGAUAGAUCAGUUUGGAUCCAAUCUCUGGAAGCUCGACCAGGUCGUCUCGCUGCUACAAGAUGGUGGCGUUGGAGUCGUUCCUACAGACACCAUAUACGCGAUCGUUUGUGACUUGCACAACCGGGCUGCUAUCGAACGCCUCUACAGGAUCAAGGACAUGGAUGCAAAGAAGCCAUUGAGCAUUCUGUGCCGAUCGUUCCAAGACAUCGACAAGUAUACCACGGGCUUCCCUACAAGUUUCUUCCGCGUUGCUCGCCAGUGUCUCCCUGGUCCGUACACUUUCAUCCUCCCCGCGAGCAAAGAUAUGCCAAAACAGUGCACAAGAUUCGGUGGAAGCGUCGCAGCGAGCUACGCCCCUCGAAAGAGCGUCGGUGUUCGCAUCCCAGACGAUGCGGUGUGGAGAGAAAUGGCUGGCCAGCUUGAGCAUCCUCUACUUUGCACAAGCGUUAGGAGACCCGCCGACGAUGAAUGGAUGCUGGAUCCAGCGAUCAUCGCUGACACUUACGGAGUUUCUUCCGGAAGAGAGAGUGUCGACUUCAUUGUGGACGGUGGAACUCGAGUCGCGAAUCCCUCCACCGUGGUGGACAUGACAGGAACCAUGCCUGUAGUUCUUCGAAGAGGAAAGGGAGUCCUGGAAGACUGGAUGGUCGGAGAUACAGACAGCGAGAUUGUGAAUCCAUACUCGUAGCAUAUAACUUUCUGAUGAUCCUCACGGCUGUGAGGUGUCAAACGAAUAAUUGGAGCCUCCGGAGACAAGGAAUCGUUAGAGCUGCGAGCCGCUAGAUACCGCUGGUUGCUUGGAACUAGACCCAGGAACUGGUUGUGGAAGAGUUUGGCCAUCCAUCGGACUGGCUGUUGCUACUGGUGACAUUCCUCGAGCUCGCGACGCCGCCAGCAUCUCCGUUCUCGCCAUCUCCGCGGAGAAGAGCGAGGCUGGGAGAGCUCAAACAGAUAAGACGAGCAAUAACUGAAAAGCUUCGUACCUCGCUUCCUUCCAACCGCGAUGAUCUUCUUCAGGCAAUCACGGAAGUCCAUGAGAAUCAGUCGCUCCUGCUCGGCACACAAGCGCAUGCUGCUCUCUUCUGGGCUUUGCUCCUUGCACGACGAGCCAAGGUCCUGCUCGUCGCACAUAAGAGCUUGCGUUCCCGGCGAGAGCUCGCGCUGGUUCCUAGCCAUUGCGGAGGUUGCUUCGGAGUCUCUCGCGGACUCCUCUUGGUCUUUCUCUUCCACAUCUCGUUGUCGAGCCUGCUCUCCUUGUUGCGACUUCGUGGAUUCUAUCACCGGAAAUAUAAAUAACGUUUAUA